AUGACGGACGGAGGCAGAAUAUCCAUCAAUGCCUCAUCGCUUGGCGCGAACAUCGUCGGAUCAUUGGACCAAGAGAAUGAUAUUGCCCUGUUUCGAGGCAUCCCAUACGCGUCUGUGAGCAAGCGCUGGGCUCACAGCGAGACAUUGCACGCUCUUGAAAAUGACUUCGACGCCACGAAACUGGGAUACCGAUGCAGCCAACUAAACGGAAUGGUGCUCGUCUCAGGGGGAACCAAUGAUCCGCUGCCCGGAGACGACGAGUUCAAGUGUCUGAAUCUCAAUGUCGCUGUCCCAAGAGAAACCUUGAAUUCUUCAGAUCCUAAGCCGCUACCAGUGAUGGUAUGGAUUCACGGUGGUGGUUUUGCUUUCGGCGCAAACUCGGUCGCUCGGUAUCGUCCACAAGCACUCGUUUCGCAUGCGCGCAAGUGUGGAACCCCGAUAAUUCUUGUUUCAAUAAACUAUCGACUCGGCGCUCUUGGCUUCUCGGCAUCGGAAGACUUGGCAGGAGAAGUCAAUGGCGGCUCUAGAACUUAUCCCGUUGGCAAUUACGGAUUUGUCGAUCAACGUAACGCGCUUGAAUGGGUGAACCAGCAUAUCCAAGAUUUCGGGGGAGAUCCAUCGAACAUUACAGUCUUCGGUGUUAGUGCUGGAAGUGUCAGUAUUCACUUACAUCUCCUUGCUGAACACGCUCUGUUCGAUCGCGCUAUCAUGAUGUCAGGAUCGGCACCUGUUUUGAGUCCCAAAGAGCCAGAGACUUAUCAGCGAGACUGGGACUGCCUAUGUGAGAAGGCGGGGAUCAAACCCUCAACGGCGGCUGAAAGAUUAGAACAACUUCGGGCACUGAGUGUAGAUGAUGUUAUGAAGAAGUCAACGCCUGCUGCCAUGGGUCCUGUCGCGGAUGGCAAGCUGCUCAAGUCAGGAUGGACCUACGAAGAAAAUGUUUCAAACAAACGAUGCAAAGAAAUUAUCCUGGGAGAUACCAAUAUUGAGGCUAUCAUCUUUGAUGGUUUGCUCAAACGCUUGCCUCAUGAUCGCUUCCACAAGUUGGUUAGCGAGACGUUCUCCGCCGAAGAUGCCGAACAACUAUACCUCAAAUUCGGUUUUAGUCGUGGGCCUCAAUCCCAGGAGGAUUUCCGCAAGGCCUUCAGGCUUCUUGUUGGAAACACCCUUUUCAACUAUUCACAUGUUGGAAUUGCGAAGGCCUCCAAAAACUCCGACACCUGGAGAAACAAAGUCUACCUCUACCAUUUCGAAGAGCCUUCGCCUUUCACGGGCCCAACUCAAGGCCUCUCAUAUCACGGCCUUUGCGCAAUGAUCAUGCAUUUGAAUGAGCUGCCCAAUUGCCCCCCACCAACGCAAGAGGUUGCUUUGGAGGCUGCUCGGAUCUGGACCGCCUUUGCCCAUGGAAACCAGCCCUGGGAGCCGUAUUCACAGAAUGAAAAGUUCAUGCGUUUUGGACCAGAUGGAAAAUCGGGCUUAUAUGAUUUUGAGAGCGAUAAGACGAGAAACUACAAGUUUCAGACAUGGCUUGGUGAGCACAUAGGCGAGGUUGGGAGCUUCGUGCGGAAGCUUAUGUUGAACCUGGAGAACGAUGAGGUUUAA